AUGCUUUAUCCAACCGAUUCGCGUACAGCUACCGACUACAGUUUGCCCACACCGCAUCGGUUAAGCGUAGAGCUGUAUGUGGCCGGUUCGAACGAUCAAUCCCUAGUCACUGCUGCAGCUUCUUCAGCCGCUCGUGGUCCUGAAGUACUUCGUUCGAUAUUCUCACAAAAACGAAUGACUGCCACGAAACCAAUCGUGUCCGGGUCCUCGUCAGCUACUUGCCCCGUUCAGUUGCUUGCAAUCAGUCUUAUUAUGUCAGAUGAAUCCGUGCUACCGGCGUACCAAGUCCCACCGAACCACUUGCGAAUUUCCUCGUUAGACUCCGACCUUGUCUGGGAUCCAGCUGUCCCGAUGCAACAGUUGUUGAACGAAGCUAAACGUGCUCCUGAAUCCACUACCACCACCACGACCACUACAAGUGUCUAUGUUCGGGUAAAUAGCUUGAUUGCUUGGGAUCAUUCUUACAAUCCAACACAACCGGGUUCCAAUCCGUACCAUUCCGUACCGCUGUGCGCGAUGGAUGAUGUUGUGAUUGUCGCCCAAUCUGGACGCACUAUACCGGAUCCCGGUCCACCACAAGAUCCUUCCAGAUGGUUUUCUCAGGCACAUGAAACACCUAUAGAUCGAAGAGAGGCUGUCCCUACCAGCAACACGGUUGAUGGAGCCACUGGGAGAUACUCGAUUUGGUCAUCACCGGUGGGUCAAAGUGAUUAUCGAACAAUGUUUGUGUCUGGACACAAUGCAAACAAACGAACUUCAGUGUAUGAUCAAAUAAAUGGACAAGAAAAUCGUCCGACAAACUUUAUCACCCACAUUCUGAUCUGGGUGGGAGUGAUUGCGGUACUGCUAUUCGCAGUCAAUUGUACCGUGCUACUGGCUCUGAAGAAACGUCGUCAAACGCGAGCCUCACGUGAUACACAACCAGCGGGCAAUCAAAGGCACUACUCCAAAGCAAAUAAGACCAGUGUUGGUCAUAUUGAUUUGUACAAUGUGGAGGGUAAUGAGUGUACAGUGAAAACAAACGGAAGUGGUGAAGUGGGAAAUUUAACGGCCGGUUCUCCUCUGAUUCCCUGCAGUCAAUUUGGUUAUUUGCCUUCCUAUUCGGAUGUUCAUUCCGGUCAUUUGAUGAUGGGUAGUUCAUCUCCGCAACAAGUCGAAACUAUGACCGCCGGAUUGAGUUGUAGCAGUAUGGGUAGUACACACAGCGGCCCGGUAGGAAGUUUAAAACAAUCCAUGGUCAUGGAUUCAGCCGUCAACCCGUAUUUGAUGCUAUCCGAGGGCUCGUCCAUUGGAGGUGCCGGUCACUCAAGCAAGAAUUCACAUCCUGCAAACAUCCCACAGUUCAGUGUGUCCUACGCACCGAUUGGAUAUCGUGCUGGCGCGAUUUCAAGUUCACCACCGAGCUGGAACUCACCAGCCAGUAUGACUCCAGCAGUGUAUCCCAAGCCGCUUCCCAACAUGACUGUGAUGCAGAGCGCAAACGCGAACAGUCAAUCGCCAGUUCAUAUGUGGCCUGCUAGUCUGUCACCCACAAACAGUGGACCUUGUAAUCCGGGUUAUACGAGUGGCCUGGGCUCAGUCGGCACAUGUGAAGGUUAUAGCGAUGAAGGUGUGGCUUCCGGGUUUGAGAUGAUUAGCCUGUCACAAGAGGUGGUGAAUAUCACAGGAAACAAUGGNCUACCUCAGCUACAUCGUACCACGACCGGACCUAUGGGUCGCAUGGCUACAGGCGGUACAAGUAGUACCACCAGCGGUGGCAGUGCGAAUGGAGUACGUGCUGGUCCAACACAUCGUGCCCAAAUGUCCACCUUUAAGCCCAGCCCCACGAGUGGUCUUGGUGCUGGCAGUCUGAGCGGGGGAAGUAGUUCGGCCGAUGCGAGUGAGUUUCGAGCACAUCGCACACCGGAAUCAGGUGGGUUAAAUGAGAUCGAGAUGGACACGCAACUCCCGUCACGUGGUCCCAGUUCGGCCGAUAAUAUGUACGUACCGCAGCUGUCAACCAGUCAGUUUCGAGCAUCGCCCAAAGUACCACCGCCACCUUUACGUCCGAGUCUGAUGACCGAAAGCUUCAGCGGAGCCAAGUCCGCCGGAUUCGGGAUGUCAGCCAAUUACGCUGAAAAAAACUCAUCCGAUUCUCCAAAUACCGCUUUGCGAGAAUCCGGUUUGCGACAUCAUUCAUCGUUAAGAAACGAUCAUUCGGUGAUGAUCAGGGAAGGUCUUGGUUCUCAUGAUGCACACGCACUCUCUGCGCUACCACCAGAUCCGGAACUGCUAAGAGAUUCUUCAUUACUGGAUGAAUUGGAGGAGGCUCCCGUACCGAUGCCACCUGCUCUUCUUCUGAACAAUCAUGGCUGUUUUGAGGCGUUAAGCGAAUCAAACCGCACAGGUGUUUCAAACAAUCUGCCCAAUCCAAACGCACUGAAACUGUCAUCAACACCAGAAACUGGAUUGAAUUUUGGGUCAUACAAACGGAGUGACAGUUUCGGUAUGGCCACCAAAGCUCACGCUACCGGGUCUUGCCGACCUUCGGCUGGAUUCGGAACACACGGCGAAAUGGUUGGUGAUACUCUGGAUACUUCAGAUGAAGUGAGCUCUGGUUCCAAAUCUAGCUCGGCUGUCCAAGGGGAAACGAAAUUUGCUAAGUUGUCCGAACACUCCAGAACAACCACCUCUAGGGACUCUGGCGAACUAACCUAUUUGCACAGUAUACCUCCGCCAGAAUUGUGA